AUGUCCAAAGCAACCUUGGCCAUCAUCGCCGCCGCCAGUGCCGCCACUGGUGCCGGAGUCACUGCCCUGCUCUAUGGAAAACCUAGAUCGCAACAGCAACAACAAAUUCCUCCUACCCCAACCACAGCCACCAUCGCAGCUCCUUCAGCAAUCCCCGCACCGGUACUAGCCGCCAAAGCCGCUCUUGGUCCUGUCAAUCCCGCUGGAAUCACGCAAUAUGGCUUCUCAGGCCCAAUCGCCGACGAGCUCUCCAACCUCGUUCUGCACGGCGCUUUCGACCGUCGUACGCGCAACCCUUCCUGGGUCGCCGAACACAUAACCCCUGAGUCUCUGGCCUUGAACAAUGCCGAUCGCAAGCACAGCACCUUCACCGAGGACACUAACAUCCCGGUGAUGUUCCGCGCCAAAUUGGCAGACUACUUCCGCUCCGGCUACGACCGCGGCCACCAAGUCCCCGCAGCAGACGCCAAAUGGUCCCAGGAGGCUAUGAACGACACUUUCACUCUGAGCAACAUGUGCCCCCAGGUCGGCGAGGGAUUCAACCGCGAUUACUGGGCGCACUUCGAGACCUUCUGCCGUGAUCUCGCAAAGAAGUACCCAUCUGUUCGCAUCGUGACUGGCCCUCUGUAUCUCCCCCACAAGGAUCCUGAUGGAAAGUGGCGCGUCAACUACGAGGUUAUUGGCAACCCACCUAACGUUGCCGUGCCCACCCACUUCUACAAGGUGAUUUACGCUGAGGACGGCCUCAACUUGCCCACCAGCAAGGUUGCCUUGGGCGCUUUUGUGCUACCCAAUGCCCGCAUUGCCAACGACAAGCGCCUGACUGACUUCGAAGUCCCCAUCGAGGCCGUUGAGCGUGCCUCUGGAUUGACCUUCGCCUCUAACCUGGACCUGAGUCGUCGCCGUCGUCUGUGCCAGGAGGUUGCUUGCCAGGUCACUGUGCGUGAGUUCAACAACGCCAAGAAGCGUAACUAA